AUGCAGUGGAGAAAAAAUGAAAUAAUUACGUGGCUGCUGGGUAAGGCGGAAAAAGUGGAGCAACAUUUCGUGAAGGCGCAGUUAAUAGAGCUCUCUCAAAAGUAUAAGAGAAAUUAUGUUAUAGAUGAGUACGCCAAGCAACAUGGCCACAAUGUGCUCCGACUUCCUCCUUAUCGCUGUGAGCUGAACCCCAUCGAAUUAGCAUGGGUAAAUAUUAAAGAUUACGUGAGGGCACGGAACACCACGUAUAAAUUACGUGAUGUUCAGCGCCUAGUAUACGAAACAAUCGAAAAUGUAUCGCUGGAGAUGUGGCAAAAUUUUAUUCGCCAUGUAACAGAGGAGGAAAAUAGAUUCCGCCAGUUGGACCACAUCACCGACUCGAUGUUCGAUGAAAGGGCCGAACGGGUGAAGCGGUCGGAUUCUGAAUCGGACUCCGACUACGACUCCGAUUAG